CUCUCUUGUCCUCGUUGGUCAGGCCUGGUGCUUGGUGCCUGGCAUCCAGGGUAACUUCCUUUCAUAGCGACUUCUGCUGUCCACGCAUUUGCAUUUCUGCCGCUGUGAGGGCAACACUUCAGUCUGUGAGUGCUUGAUCGCUCGCUUUGGGCCUUAGUAUGCAGGGACUCGGGAAGACGGAGAGAGGAGAUCAGGGCCGAGACAUCGACCGGACAUCGCUGAGAUCAACCAUGCCGGCCAGCGGCCCUCUACAGGGGGGUUCGGCCUCUAACCUGAACAUGAACCUGUAUGCCACCAAGAAAACAGCAGCUGAAGGCAUGCUGGACAUCGCUCUGUUCCUGGCAAACAUCACACACAUGAAGACUGUCAUCGAGCAGGGCGCAGGAUACAGGUACUACGUUGCUGUCCUGACACUCAUUUCCUUCUCCUUGGCACUUCAGAUAGUAGCCGGUGUCCUGAUUAUCAUAAUUGCUCGUUUUGAGCUGACCCUCCUCCCUUCUUGUCAGCGUUGCCUAAACUUCCUGAACAAUCUGGUCACUGGCAUCGUCUUCUUAACCCUCAUUGUAAACAUCAUCAAAGCUGCUUUCGGCACCCAGCGCAGCUGCCUCCUGCGGUGGCUCUUUCAGCGCUUCAUUUUAUGAGAGGCAUGCAGAAUUUCACACGUAGGGACCUGAAUGUGGUGUCCAAUCAGAAGCGACUUGACUACCUGAACAACGUUGCAACGGGCGUCAUCUUCGUCACCACGGUGGUCAACUUCUUCGUUAGCUUCUUCGGAUCCAAGAGGACAGGUUUCUUCCGCUGGCUGCUGGCAAGACUCCACUUUUGAGAAGAAACGCACGCCAACGCAAUCACUUUCAAACUCCCACGUGUGCAACAACCUGCACAAAUGUUGCAUUAAUUGUGCAAACGUUGAUGUGAAACAUUUUUUAGAAAGUAAAAAUGUUUCCAAUUAUAUAAAAUUAUGACACACUGGUUUUUGUUUAACCUUCAUAAAGUAAUUCCAAUAAAUGUUUGCUGUUUUUAUUAGCUGCCAAGUCUUUUUUAAUGGAUGUUUUUGCUGAACUAAAACUGUUGAUGUGAUUCACUGUCAUAUACUUUUAGUGUAACUUGUGCACUUUGUUGCAUGUUGAUUGGAUUUUUUUAACCCUCCCACUGUCCUAAUGGGUGUGACCCCGCAAGGAAAAUUGACCAUUGAGCAGGAUUGAUGGUUUAUCCCUUGGGUCCAUGUGACAGGGGUGAGGAGUGAGCACCACCUCACCCCAGCCAUGUGGACCUCAAGGGAUAAACCAUCAUUCCUGCUCAAUGGUCAACUUUGCUUGCGGGGUCACCCAUAAAGACAGUGGGAGGGUUAAAAUAAAGUUGUUUUAGAUUUAGUAAUUUAAUUUGUGAAAUGACAAGCAUUAAGUGUCUUUAUUAGAGUCACCAUCAAACAUAAAUCAGGGAAAAUAUGUGCAAACUGUGCCUUUCUGAAAGCUCAAUAAAGUGAUUUAACAAAAUGUUGUGUUGUGAUAAAUGACUUUUUACCAAAACUGUGUCCGUAAUCUGGCUUUUUAAUGUCAACAAAAUGUUUUAAGACACGGUCUGAACUAUUUUUCUGUUGUAAACGUGUUUUUGUGUGUGAACCAGGCCGUCGGAACCUGAACAACUCCACUCUACAAAAUCGACUGGACUACCUGAACAACGUGACCACCAUCAUAG